AUGGCUUUAAAUUUUGAUGAUGUCUUAAAUGCUAUAAGUAAUGAAAAUUUUGAUUUCGACGUUCCUGGAAUACCAUCGGAUAAAGAAGAAGACUUGGACAGACGUUUGGAGAUGUCGGAUAGCGACUCAAGGCAAGUAUUUACAUAUUUUUAGCGAACAGAUGUUGUCAUGUCAUGGUCGAAGGAUUAAAUUUACAUUCGACGCAACCGUGAACUUUGACGCACAUUUGCCAUAAGAAUUUGGUCUAUAAUCUAAGAUCUGAUCCGAAAUAUAACAAAUAUACAAAUAACCGAUGUAAUAAGGCAUUUAUUUGAAAGUUCUGCCUUUUAUAUUGCCACAAAAAUCAAAGGUUUGAACCGAUAUCAAAAUGUGUGAGCGCCAUGUUGCGCACGUGCCAUAAGUGGGCAUUUAAAAAAUUAAUUCAUGCAUUUUUGUUUAUAUGAAGUAAGAUAAUACCAUCUAUCAGUAUGUAUAUAGUAUUUUAUUUUUUUAUAGUGAUGAAGAACCUGUUGAUGAAGAAGAUGAUGAUUCUGAAGUAGAUGACGAGGAUCCGGAUUGGGAGGAGGGUGGUGAUUUAGGGGAGGGUAGUGGUGGAAGGGGCCGAUCCCCAAUUAGGAGACGGGCUGACUCUCCUAAUGGUACUUCUGGCAAUGGGGGAAGGGGCAGCAGUGCCAAGGGCAGUAGGACCAGGGGCAGUAGGGCCAGGAGUGGUAGGGCCAGGGGUGGUAGGGCCAGGGGUGGUAGGGCCAGGGGUGGCAGGGGUGGUGGAAGGGCUAGGGAUACCGGGGCCGCCAAUAGUAAAUCUUGUAAUGAUGCAGACAUUGGGAAUACCCUCCCUCCCUUUCAACCAAGCCGUCCGCCAGGAAUUCAUUUUGAUAGGCAUGUCUUGCGGGGAGGAAUGACAACUGAAUUAGAAUUUUUUCGUCUCUUCUUCACCACCGAGAUGAUAAAAUCAGUUGUUGCCCACACCAACAGCUAUGCAUUCAUGAGACUUGCAGCUGGGGGGCACACUACAUACACCACUGGGGAUGGGGCCUGGGAAACAACUACUGAAGAUGAAAUAAAUCAUUUGAUAGCCCUUUUGAUUUAUUUUGGUCUGGUACGUGUAGACACAGUAGUUGAAAAGUAUUGGAGCACGAAGACCCACGGUCUCUGGGCGAGGAAAAUACUUUCCCGUGCCCGUUACAAAGCCCUUAUGGCAUUCCUGCAUGUGGUAGAUCCCGCCGAAGAGAUUGCCAGCAACAAACUGCGCAAGGUUGAGGAAUUUCUUGCAUCAUUCAAAGAGCGAUGUCACUUGUUAUACCAACCGCGCCAGAAUGUUGCUGUCGAUGAAUGCAUGGUUAAGUCUAAACAUAGGUCAGGGAUUAGGCAAUACAUGAAGAAUAAGCCAACAAAAUGGGGAAUAAAGCUCUGGGUAUUAGCAGAUAGUUCAAAUGGGUAUACAAUUGAUUUCAAUGUUUACAUAGGUAAGUCCCAGCAUGAAGCACCGUCGCAGAAUGGCCUUGGUUAUGAUGUGGUUAUGAAGUUGGUGAAUCCAUAUUUGGGGCAAGGGUAUCAUGUAUAUUUUGAUAAUUUUUUUACAUCCCCUAAGUUAGUUGAAUAUUUGUUCAUGAAUGGGACCCCAUCAUCAGGCACAGGGAAGGAUUCCCCAAAUGCAUGA